AUGGCGCAGGUACCGGUACAGUCGAUCCCUCGGGAUCCGCAGCUGCUAUACUGGAUCCUCUUCCCCAUCACGGUGGUCAUGAUCUUGACUGGUGUCCUUCGGCACUACGCUGCCGUCCUGAUGGCUACGGCGCCCAAGAAACUUGAGCGGAAGGCAAUUCGCGAACAGAGGUCACUUUUGCACGGCAUCAGCGUCCGCUCCAACCACCAUGUCCUCUCGCGCCGUUCUUUCGGCGUGCGCCGAGACGCUCUGUCGACUGCCUACGAGUCUGGGGCCUACCUCAAAGCGCCGGAGAACCGGGGCCAGGCGCCGCCAAACCCCAUGACCGAUCCGAAUGCUAUGGACGGCAUGAUGGGCAUGAUGAAGGGCAAUAUGGCCAUGAUUAUUCCCAACACGCUCAUUAUGAUGAAACUACCAUUUCCACUGACCAUCAAGUUCAAGAGCAUGCUUCAGGCUGGUGUCGCCACCAAAGACAUGGAUCCCCGGUGGAUGUCUAGCAUCAGCUGGUACUUCCUGUGCAUAUUUGGCCUGCAGUCUGUUUUUAACUUCCUUCUUGGAAACGAUAAUGGCCCAGCUGCCAACCAGAUGGCUCAGCAAAUGGGUCAGAUGGGUCCUCAAGCACCCCAAAUGUUCGGACCUGGCGUGGACCCCGACAAGCAGUUUCUUGCCGAGAUUGAGAACAUUGCCGUCGUCGAUCAUUAUUCCGUUCUUGACAACGUUGAGCAGCGGCUUCUCAGCAACGCUGCAAAGGUGUGA